AUGGUCCAAUGCGCCCUGGACAAUGCGGCUGUUAGGGUGAGCAAGCCCGAGGGGAAUUGUCCAGUAGAAGUAGUAGCACUAGAGGUGUGCAGGGGACAGUGCUGCUUCCCCUCGUCGUCGCAAAGACUAGUCGCGUAUAAGUACUAUGCCCUGAGAAAGGGGGGCGGUCCUUGUGUUAAGACCUUCGCGAGCGUAACUGUCUUUUUCUGUGACUACCUUCAGACACUCGAAGCGGAGGUCUACAAGAUAUGGAAACCAGUCCACAGUAGGGGCUGUGGUCUUGGACAAGUCCUCUUCCUCGUCUGUCGCUAUACCGCUUUUCUCGACUUGCCCGUGAACACAAUCUGUACCUUUUUGACUGGGACCCUGUCCCAAGAGGCAAGUCACCAAGCCCGGCCAGCCCAGGGUCCACCUAUCGGAGUUUACGGGAAUUGUUGCGGCGGAGGUGAUACACUGGUGUUGAGCUUGUAUGCUUUGUUGGGAGCUGAGAGAAAGCAUACCAUCAUCCUCUCUAUUAUCUGUAUACCAGUGACACUGGGUGCACUUUCCAUCUUGAUAGCUAGCUUCAUUGUGGAUGUGUGCUAUUACAUCCUGCUGGCAGGGGAAUUUGCCAUCGCGGCCGUCGCCCUACUCCUCGGGGUGCGCGACCAUUUUCGAUUCAAGGGCCCACUGUUGUCUAUUUUGCGAAGAGACGGAACGAUCUACUAUCUCGCUUUGAUGUGUUUGAAUGUCCUGACCCCUUAUAUGUUUCCUGAGGGCGUUCUGGAGAGGCGCAUGGUCUGCCCCGGGAUAGCUUCCAAGAGAACUUCCAGGGGAUGCGUUGAGCAGAGACGAAAAGACUGGAAGACAUUGGCUUUCCAGUGGAGAAGGAACGAAAGGAAGAGCCAUGAAAACGAAGGAGAUUCUCCUACAUACCGCUUGUGA